AUGCAGUACUGGGCCAGGAGGCUGGAGCAGGAGAUUGAUGGAGUGAUGAGGAUAUUUGGUGGAGUCCAACAGCUCAGAGGGAUCUACAAUGAGAAUAGAAACCUGUUUGAAGUCAAGGAGAAUGUGCCCAGGAAAUUAGUGGAGAAGGUUGCAGGAGACAUUGAGAGCCUCUUGGCCAAGAAAGUCCGUGCUUUAAAGAGACUGGCCAAUGCGGCGGAGAAGUUCCAGAAGGCUCACCACUGGCAGGACAACAUCCGGGAGGAAGACAUUGAGUACUACGACUCCAAGGCUGACACCGAAUACGAUGAUCCCGACGGAGAAGAGAUCGAGAGGGAGAAGUCCAACUCCUUGAAGCUGGAGUUCACCGAUGAUGCCAACUUCAAGACCAAAGUUAACUAUUCGUACGCUGCCGUGCAGAUCCCCACGGACAUCUACAAAGGCUCCACUCCGUGGAGAGCCCCCAAUAAGAUCGACCUCUACGACGUGCGCAGGCGGCCCUGGUACAUCCAAGGCGCCUCCUCCCCGAAGGACAUGGUCAUCAUUGUGGACGUGAGUGGCAGCGUGAGCGGCCUCACCCUCAAGCUGAUGAAGACCUCGGUCUAUGAGAUGCUGGACACCCUCUCAGAUGAUGACUACGUCAAUGUGGCCUCGUUCAACGAGAAGGCAAAGCCGGUGUCGUGCUUCAAGCACCUGGUGCAGGCCAACAUCCGGAACAAGAAGGUCUUCAAGGAGGACGUGCAGGGGAUGGUGGCCAAGGGCACGACGGACUACAAGGCUGGCUUUGAGUACGCCUUCGACCAGCUGCAAAACUCCAACAUAACGCGUGCCAACUGCAACAAGAUGAUCAUGAUGUUCACGGAUGGCGGCGAGGACCGGGUGCAGGACGUCUUUGAGAAGUACAACUGGCCCAAUAAGACGGUGCGGGUCUUCACCUUCUCCGUUGGGCAGCACAACUAUGACGUGACCCCGCUGCAAUGGAUGGCCUGCGCCAACAAAGGUUACUACUUCGAAAUUCCCUCCAUUGGUGCCAUCCGCAUCAACACGCAGGAGUACCUGGAUGUGCUGGGCAGACCCAUGGUGCUGGCCGGGAACCGAGCCAAGCAGGUUCAGUGGACCAAUGUCUAUCAGGAUGCCCUGGGGCUGGGCCUGGUGGUGACGGGCACGUUGCCGGUGUUCAAUCUGACGGAGGACAGCAGUGACAGGAAGAACCAGCUCAUCCUGGGCGUGAUGGGGAUCGACGUGGCUCUCAACGAUAUCAAGAGGCUGACACCGCGAUACAACCUGGGGGCAAACGGUUACGUCUUCGCCAUCGACCUGAACGGCUACGUCCUGCUGCACCCCAACCUGCAGCCCCAGGUGAUCAGUUGGGGGGAGCCGGUGACGCUGGACUUCCUGGAUGCUGAGCUGGAGGACGAGAACAAGGAGGAGAUCCGGAGAAGCAUGAUUGAUGGGAACGACGGGCAGAGGUUCAUCAAGACCCUCAUCAAGUCCCUGGACGAGCAAUACAUCGAUGAGGUGUUCAGGACCUACACGUGGGCCCCCAUCAAGAGCACCAACUACAGCCUGGGGCUGGUUCUGCCUCCUUACAGCACCUACUACAUCCAGGCCAACCUCAGCGACCAGAUCCUGCAACCAAGGUGCUGGCAGCACGGCUGGCGCCUGCCCCGCCGUCCCCGGGGGAGAACUGACCUUGCCUUUUCCAUCCCCGCGAACGACAAACCUUGUCCCCCAAACCCCAGAGAGUAUUGCAAAGACCUCGACUUGUCGGAUAACAACACCGAGUUCCUGGAAAACUUUAUUGCCCUCAUGGAAAAGGUGACCCCAGACUCCAAGCAGUGCGACAACUUCCUCCUGCACAACCUGAUCCUGGACACGGGCAUCACGCAGCAGCUGGUGGAGCGGGUCUGGAAGGACCAGGACCUCAACACGUACAGCCUCCUGGCUGUCUUCGCAGCCACUGAUGGGGGCAUCACCCGUGUCUUCCCUAACAAAGCUGCAGACGACUGGGAGGAGGAACCAGAGCCCUUCAACGCCAGCUUCUACCGGAGGAGCCUGGACAACAAGGGCUACAUCUUCAAGCCGCCCUACCGGGAUGCCGGCUACCGGGGACUGGACCUGGAGAACAACACCAUCGGGAUCCUGGUGAGCACAGCCGUGGAGCUCAGCAUCGGGGGCAAGACGCUGAAGCCAGCAGUGGUGGGGGUGAAGCUGGACCUGGAGGCCUGGGCUGAGAAGUUCAAAGUGCUGGCGAGCAACCGGACGGACCGCGACCAGCUGGGCGCCCGCCGGUGCGACCCCUCGACCAGCUGCGAGAUGGACUGCGAGGCCAACAACAAGGACCUCAUCUGCGUGCUCAUCGAUGAUGGGGGCUUCCUGGUGCUUUCCAACCAGGAGGACCACUGGUACCAGGUGGGCAAGUUCUUCAGCGAGGUGGAUGCCAACCUGAUGUCUGCCCUAUACAACAACUCCUUCUACGCCCGCAAGGAGUCCUACGACUUCCAGUCCGUCUGCGCUCCCGAGGCCCAGAGCAACACGGGUGCCGCACCCCGCGGCGUCUUCGUGCCCACCGUGGCCGAUCUACUGAACCUUGCCUGGUGGACCUCAGCCGCAGCUUGGUCCCUCUUCCAACAGUUCCUGUACGGCCUCACCUACAGCAGCUGGUUCCAGACGGAGGAGGUGGCGGGGGACAGCAUGGAGGCCAGGGAGACGAGCUGCAUCAUGAAGCAGACGCAGUACUACUUCAGCACCGUCAAUGCCACCUACAACGCCAUCAUCGACUGCGGCAACUGCUCCAGGCUCUUCCAUGCGCAGAGGCUGGCCAACACCAACCUGCUCUUCGUGGUGGCUGACAAGCCCCUCUGCAGCCAGUGCGAGUCUGUCAAGCUGCUGCAGGCAGGGGGAAGAGGCGGUGGCUGCGUCAUUGCGCGGCUGCUGGUCUUCUUCGCGGUGGUGAACAUCUCGGUGGGGCUCCUGGGGGCCCUCGCCUACUUCCUCACCUACGUGGCCUCCUUCCAUCUCGCCUACCUGUUCGCCAUCCGCAUCCACGGCGGGCUGGGCUUCCUCGGGGGAGUCUUGGUGGCCCUCAAGCAGACGAUGGGGGACAGCACCGUCCUGAAGGUGCCCCAGGUCAGAAUGAAGGCUGUCCCCAUGCUCCUGCUCCUUCUCCUGGCUCUGCUGCGGCUCGCCACCCUCAUCGAGAGCAAUGUACUGGCCUCGUACGGCUUCGGGCUCCUCUCCAGUUGGGUCUAUCUCCGUUUCUACCAGCGGCACAGUAGAGGCCGUGGAGACAUGUCCGACCACUUUGCCUUCGCCACUUUCUUCCCCGAGAUCCUGCAGCCCGUGGUGGGUCUGGUGGCCAACCUGGUGCACGGCAUCCUGGUGAAGGUGAAGGUCUGCCGCAAGACAGUCAAACGCUACGAUGUGGGCGCCCCGUCGUCCAUCACCAUCAGCCUGCCAGGAACGGACCCCCAGGACGCCGAGAGGAGAAGGCAGCUGGCCCUGAAGGCGCUGAAUGAGCGGCUGAAGCGCGUGGAGGACCAGGCAGCCUGGCCUAGCAUGGAGGACGACGAGGAGGAAGCGGCGGCAAAGGCUGACACCCCACUGCUGCCUGACCCCGGCACAGCCGGGAAGGGCGCCGGCCAAGAGUCCAGCCUCAUCACCUUCCAGGAUGCCCCAUCCCAGCUGUGA